AUCGGUGGUCUGGCCGGGACGAAUAUGGGUCAAAUGUAUGUUCUACAAAAAGCUCUAGAUAAUAUAAUUUCAUAAAAUAUGUAUUCAUCAACUUUGUUUUGUUUAAUAUCUAAUUGUGUGACUUGUGACUUUUUAUAAUAAUUGUUUUUCCUUCUUUGUAUACGUAUAUAAAAGUGAUCAUAAUUCAUAAGACGUGAACGGCAAUAACUUAUCAAAGGUAUAGUACCAAAAUCCUAUGAAUUAACUCGGAAUAUCCGAGGAUUACAUUGAAUUGUUGAUUUCCUUUGGCCUAUAAUUAUUAUAAAUAUAAUAUACUAUGUACCUAUACACUAUAAGUCUAUAUAUACUCUAUUCAGUUGCUGAGGUAGGUAGGUAGUUAACCAUAAAUUGGUUGGUUUAAAUUAUAUUUAAUUAAUCUUAAAACAAAUUGCAAAAUGUAGGAACCGAUUGGAUGAUAUAUGUUUAGUAUAUAUAUCUCAAUGUAUGGUAACUAUAAUUGUAUCAAAUACAUUUCAAAAGUAUAUAGCAUUUGUGUUCAGUUCUAACUAUGUACCUAAGUGCUAAAAUGGUACAUAAAUUAUUAAAAACACUAGUGUUAUUUUAUUUUUAAUCUAAUAAUUUAGCUAAAUUUAUGUAAAAAGUGCUAUUAUUUGUUACAAGUUACUAUAUUGUUAUUUAAAUAAUACAUAUAGACAGAAAGAUAGUAUUUACUUUAAGUACAUACCUAAUAUUAUUCAAUUUUUAAUUUAAUUUAUUUUUGUUAUUAUAUACCUAAUAAAGUAAAUAGAAACCAAAUGUUUUAAUUUUAUUGAAUUAUAGCAAAUUAAAUAUUUAAUGAUAAGUUGGUACCUAACUAUAUUAUAAUUAUAAUAAUCUAUUAGGUUAGGACUUUAGGUCUAUGGGUUAGGUCUAUGGGUUAGGUAUAUUUGUAUUAUGUGUAUUAUUAUAUGGGUACCUAGUUAUACAGUUCUACACUAUAGUACCAUACCGAUUCAUUAUUAUUAAUUAUUUAGUAUGUUAGUAUAUUACAUACUAUAACUAACCCAUCUAUUAUUAUCGAUCAAUUAUUUCUUCGAAAAAAACCCAUUUAUUUAUAUAUCAUUUUCAUUAUUUAAAAUGUAUUUGUUACAAUUUGAAAUUUUAAAACCAGUAACAUAAUUUUUAACUCUAUGUAGAUACCUUUAUUAUUAUAUUCUAAGAAAAACUUGUAGGUAUAUAACAAAAUGUAUAGAUUGAAUGUAUAUCUGUGCAGUGGCGUAUUUAGUAAUAAUAAGCACUAGGUAGCUUUUCAGUAACCUACCGUACUCGGACAAAAUGUUGAGAAGGUAAAGCGAAAAAAAAAAUUUGUAUCAUUAUCUAGGUACUAUUUUUUAAAUUAAUAAAAUGCACAAAAUAACCAAUAAAACAAAAGAUUUCGAAGAGGGACAUGCUUUCAGUGCCCCCUGUCUACGGUAAUAACUUGUCUAUUAUUUUUUAAUUUUUGUGUUUUUUUAAUAACAACGGGUUUUUAAUAACAUAUUUGAUUAAACAUUAUUCUUCUACUCGUUGAUUAAAAAGUUCAAACGAGAAUUAAAUUUUAGACAUUUUUGCAUAGAAAAAUAAAACUAUUAUGUAAUAUGUACUUACAAAUUGUUAACAAUGUGAUUUUAUUAUAAUACAUUGUUUAUGAUUAAGUUAUUUAGGUAUUUUUGUAGCAAAACUAUUUUGGGCCCUUAAAUGAUCCAAGUGGGUAUUUUUCUUUUACAUUCUAUAACAAGAUUAUUAAUAUGUAAUUGCAUUAUAACAUAAUCGUAAUAAAUGAUUGUAAUUAUUGUUUUAAUGGUAGGUAGAUAGGUACCUACGUACUUAAUAUGUUUUUUGUUAUUUUGUUGAACAAUAUUAUAUUUAAAAGAAUUUUAAUACCCAAGUCGUUAUAAUAUUAAUUUUUUUGUAGUUAUUAUUUUUAAUUUUUUUUUUAUUAUGUCGGUUGUAAAAAAAAUAAUCAUAAAACAAAUGUUUUUGAUAAAUUUGAUUAUCAAGACCUCUAGAAAUAAUUUUAAAGGUCUGAAAAUUUGAGCAAAAUGGAUUUUUUCUUAGUUGAAUAUAUCACCAGAUGAUCAAUAAAAUGAAAAAAAGAAAUCCUAAUCCACCCUAUUGGGACUCUUUGAAAAAAAAUGCUAUUGGGGCCUUUGAUAUGCUGGACCUAUACUGCAUUAAAUAAUAAUGAUUAGGUAAUUUUAUAGUGAUAGUAAAAUUGCUAUUAUUUUGUUAAUGAAAGUAAAUUUUGUAAAUAAGCCUAAUAGCAAGGAAUGUAUUGGUUUCACUAUCUAUGAUGUAUAUGAAUUAAGUAUUUAUUUAUUUUUUAUGUCUAUUGACAAUUUUCUACAAGAAAUCUUGCUCACAUUAAAAAAUGACAAAAUAUUUUUCUUUUGUUGGAUUUUGGAUCUAUCUGGUGUAUAUAUAGUUUAUUUUUAAAUUUCCUUAAUAAUUGUGAAAAAAAUUUGUACGUUUUUGGUCAUAAUGGUUUCAUUAUUUUUAACAUAGUUUUUUAUUCUACUAAGCUUAAAAAUAAUGGUAGAGAAAUGAAACUUCCAUAGAAUACUGAUAUUGAAACUUUCUGGCUAUAAUAAAAAUUUUAAAGCAUUCUGUCAAAUUUUGAACGAUUUGUUUGCAUUUGACAUUUUUGAGUAAUUUUGUAGUUUUUAUCUGGUAUUUAAAAAAGAUAUCUAUAAAAUUGUUUAACCAAAUUGAUAUGCUUGAAAAUUUUACACAAGGUUCUUUAUAAGUUAAGUAGUCAAAAAAAAAUGUUGAUUGUAAUGUAGUAUUUUUUUUUUUUUUUAUAGCAUUUUAAGAUCAAAUUUUGACGAAAAUCCUAAAAAUUACAUAAUUUCAUAACAUGUAUAAAUGAGCUUCGCUCAGAAACAUAUUUGGUUACUUAUGAUGUACUUUAACGUACAUAUAUAAAUUAUACUUUGUUUUUAAAUUAAAAAUAAUUAUUAACAUUUUAGAUGUGCAGCAGUUACGUUUUCCAUAAGGAAACACAUCAGCCAUAUACAGUUUUAUAGAUAAUGUGGUUAUCCUAUCUAUAUGACAAGUCACCAAGAAUUAAUAGUUCCAUAAGCAAUGAAAUGAGACCGAAGUUAGAACUUAUGUUAUUAUGAGCGAACUUCAAGCAACUGUAGAAUUUGCUGUAGAGUACUGCAAGUUUUAUAACAUAGAUCUAUUCCAAAGAGGGUAAAUUGCAUACUUACCAUAUAAUUAUUUUGUGGAAUGACCAACAUACCUACUUUAGGGAUUUGCAAUACUAUUAUUCGCUUUACUUUUCAACUUAUAUAAACAUUUUACUGUAGGUAAAUACCUAGCUCAUAAAUCGCGUUCAAUUGUUUUAUUGAGAUAAUAGUUAAUUCAGAAAAUGAAUUAAUAUAGAAUUUAAUAACAAAAUUUUUCUGGCUUAUUCAUAGAAAGAAUACUAACUAUAUACCUAUUUUACAUAUAAUACAUAUUGGAAUAUUUAGCACCGCUCAAAUGAAUUUGGCAAUGGCAAACUUUAUAUGAUGACUUAAUAGUACAAUACUUCCCUUAAACUUUGAUUUCUAUAAAUGGGAUAAUAGGUCAAUUGUAAAAAAAAAAAGGGUUUUAUAAUUAAUAGUGUUUGAAUAUUCUCUUCUACAAUAUUAUAAUCAUCACAACUGGUCUAUCUGUGCUAUUAGAUAUGGGCUAUACUUAGGUAUUUAAAUACAAAAUGUAAUAUAUCAUAUAAUACCUAUUCAAGUAAGAACAAUGAUUAUAGCAAAUCAUUAGUAAAUUAUAGACAUUGUAUUUCAGAAAUUACUAAAGUUGAUUUAAUUUACCCUUUUCCUUAUGUUGUGCCAAGUUUAAAUUUAGUCUUGUAAGGUCAACGACACACCAACAUUAGAUACUACACAUGUGUUAUAAUACAAAUUGUAUAAGCUAUUUUAUGAUAAGUUAUUUAUAUUUUUAGGCUAUAUCGUAUUCGAACUGAACUUAAAGUGUCUCCUAAAUUAUCUGUUCAAGUGGAAGUCAGUUUAAAAAAACAUCAGCAAAGUAAGUGUAUUAUAAAAAAGUGUAUGUCACCAUAAAUGAUAAUUCAAUAUUUUACCGACUUAUGUUAACAAACUAAAGUAUUAUCAAUUAAGCUUUUUUAAUAAUAAAAUAAAUUUAUAAAUAUGGGUAGUAGGUAUUAUAGCUACUUAAUAUAAUUAUAUGGGCACCUAACUAACAUAUCUAUCCUUUAAAUAUAUUUUAGUUUUGGAUAAUACCCUAUAGAUAUUUAGAGUGUUCUAUAGGUUAUACAUAUGCUAAUUACUCUGUAAAUAUUUAAGUUUUUUUUUCAAUCAGAUUUUGUAACAUAAAUGUAGAGAUAAAUUCAAUUUUUAUUUUUAUGCAUUAAUUUUUGAAAAAUACAUUUUAUUAAAUUUUCAAAAUAGUUUAUUUUUAAUAUAUAUACUAAAAUUUUGAAUGUAUCACACAUUCAUAUCCGGUCAAUGAAUAAUGUGGUAGUCUAGUUUUUCACACCUUUUUGUUGAUAUUAAAACGGCUAUUACUAAGAUACUGCUGAUCAGAUAUGAAUGUUCAAAUUUUUAAAAUAGUUAUUUCACAAAUUUGUUAUUGGGUCACUAACAUAGGCUUAACUCUUAACUUGAGUAAGUGUCAAGUAGUUACUUUCUCCCGAUCCUGUUCACCUCUAGUUCACUCUUAUUUCCUUAAUAACUCUACUUCAACGAGUAUCAAUUAUAAAAGGUCUUGUGAUUUAUUAUUCUUCAACUCUUUCCUUUGAACACCAUAUUAAUAUUACUGUUAAAAGAGCAUUAUAAGUACUUAGUUUCAUUAAAUGUAACAUAAAACUAUUAAAAUCGGCACAAUGUCUCUGUAUUUUGUAUUUUUCACUCAUUAGGCCACUUCUUGAAUACGGUAUUAUUAUAUGGCAACCAUUUCUUGUGAAAAAUCAACUUCACUUUGAACGUAUUUAAAACAAAUUUCCUUUGUGUGCCUCCCACCUUUUCAAGAUUAUAGUUACCGACCAUGACUACUCACUCAUCCGUAACACCCUUCUGAUCCAAACUCUCUCCUAUCGGCGGAUUGCACCCGAUCAGCAAUUUGUUGUCUAUCUUUUAGAUAGGUCACUGAAUACUCCUGAUAUUCUUGGAAAUAUCUGUUUUAGAGUUUCCUCAUACCUACUCACAUCUAGUCUCUGUUCACUAUACCCAGCCACUCCAUUUCCUUCGGUCAUAAUCACCUACUACACCGCAUGCUCAGAAACUACAAUCUUUGACCAACUUGUUUUGUAUUUAUUUAUUAAUUGUUUUUACCCUGACUUAUAUUCUUUUAUGUUUUCUUUAUUAAUCGUCUAAUAUUUUAUGUUCCAUUUAUUUUACUCUACAGUUAUUCUUUUAUGUUUACUUUUCUAUCUAUCUUAUUGUUUUUUAUUGUCAAAUAAAUUUUUUUUUUUAUGUCUAUCUCAUUGUAAAAGCUAUUGGGCAUUAACUUUUAAAAAUAAAUAAGUAAAUAAAUUGGUUAUUUUAAAAUUUUAAAAAGUGAAAAAAUAAAGUUAUUAUUUUUUCAGUGAUUAAUGGAUGAAAAUAAAAAUAUUGUUUUUCUCUACAUUUCCUUUGACAUAAAACCCGAUUGAAAAAAAAAAAAAUUUUAACAUGUGGAUAACACCGUAAGACACUCUAUAUAGGACCUACUUAAUAUUAUCUAGUGUAUUAAUAUAACAAGUAAAUCAAAUUUUUUAAUAAUUUUAAUUUACCUCAAUUCAUAAAUUAUAUAUUUAUAUUAAUAUGAUCUUAAUAAUAAAAGUACCUAUUUAUUCAAAAGUAUUUAAAAUUUUUAAUUAAUUUUCUUUUAAAACAAAAUAUUAAAACUAUGUUCAUUUAUGUUAAAAGGACAAGACAAUUCAAAAGUGCCUCAGUUAUAUUAUGUUGAAAAUGGUGAAGAUCUUGGAGUUAGUAAGACAUUUCGAAUACUGUAUAGACACGAGGAAAUUCUACUUGAUGAUAUAAUACUAUUCAAAGCCCAUGUACUUGUAGACAGCCAAAAAGUAUAUCAAUUCUCAAUAUUUGUUUUUAUUAAUAUUUUUGUAUUAGUUAGUGUAUUUUUGUUUUAUAUUUAUAAAGCUUCAAGACAGUCUUGAAAGAGCUGGGUUUAUUUUAAAUGUUGAAUUGUGGUUCGGAGAAAAUGGCUCUAUGUGUUGCGUCUCUACCAGGACUCUUCAAUUACAUGUCUGUCCAGCAAGGGGAUUGCAUUAUCACCUACCAGUAUUAUUUGACUAUUUCCAUUUAUCAGCUGUAACUUUGACCAUACAUGCUAGUCUUGUCGCUUUACAUCAACCCUACAUUAAGUAAGGUUAACAUAUUCAUAUCUAUAAUAAGAUGUAAUAUACUUAAUACAGAUAUUUACAUACAAAUAUUUUAAUUCUAGAAAAAGUAUAUUGAAUUACAUGCAAAGUUGGUAAGUUUAUUUUUUAUGCAUUUUUAGUAUAAUAGAAAAUUAUAAUAUACAAUUAAAUUUGAAUAGCGCUCCGAGAACUGGUAAAACAUGGUUAACGAAUAAUACAAAUCGAUUUAAUUUUCGACCAGCACAUUCCAUAGAAUCUGUAUUUUUUGGCAAUACGGUAAUUUAAAAAUAAUAUGAAUAUAAAUUAAUAACCUAAUUACUAAUUACUUAUUUAUGAUAAAAUUGAAUAAUUUUAAAUUUAUAUUUGUGUAUGAAAUUUCAUAAUUUGUGUUAAAAAUAAAACAAUAUAUAUUAUAAUAAUUGUAGAAUGGCCAAAAUGGGACCACUAAAUGUGUUGGAAGCUCAGGAAACAGUAACAAUAGUAAUCAUGUUAGUCGUAUGCUCAAUGCUCGACUUAUUCAUCGUGAAGUUUGUUCAUUGUUAUCAGAAGCUUUCGAUAAUCUUCAUUCCACAAUUGCUCAAUAUAAUAGAAUAAUGCCUGUGUGGCAACAGGUUGAAACACCUAUCGGACUCAAAACUGCUGUCACAAUUCCUCAAACAAAUAAAGUAUUGUGUAUUUAUAUUAUAAUAAUGCAAUUUAAUAUAUUUUAUUGAAUUUAUUUUUAUUAGAUCCUAGAUGAAGACGAAUUUCUAGCCUUAGCAAAUAGUAGUAUAGCUCAGUUAUGUGCUCAAAACAUAUUGCUAUGGCAUCACUUUUUAGAUAAUUUUACAAAAAAACAAGCAAUAAAUCAACAUCUUUCAAAAAAACAUCAUCAACUUCGCGUAAGUUAAUACAUUUUUUAUCCACAUUGUUUAAAAUUCUGAGCGGAGCGAGUAAUGUAUUGGUUUUACAUUGAUGUUUACUUUUAUUUUUUUUUGAAUAACUUUUUUACUAGCAAUUUCACCUCGACUUACAAUGAAAACACUUUCUGCCCGGAAAUCGGAGUGGAAAGGUACUUUGAGAAAGUGAUUUUUUUGAUUUUCAUCAGUUUUCCCAAUAAAUGGGAAAAACUGGGAAAUAUGGGAAAAUAGGUAUAUUAUUAAAAAAUAUAUAUAAUGCAUGUGUAAUUAUUUUAUCAUAAUUUGACAUAUAUAUUAGUGGCAAAGUAACACUAUUAACCGAACUCCGCUCAGGAUCGUUUUUUUUGUUAAUGGUUAAUGCAAUGGUUAAACAUUGCUUACAGAUAUACAUUAAAUUACCUAUAACAGUGGCUGCAUCCAUCCCCAUCAUCCUAAGACAGCUUUUUUAUUCAUAUUAUUGUAAAAUCAAACAUAAAAGUUUAGUAUUUUAUUGUGUGUAUAAUGGUAUAUUUUUAAUCAUUAAAUUGAUAUGUAAUUAUUGUAUACCUGCGACAAGUAAAUGAGCUAUUAUUCUUAUUAUCUACUUAACCUUUACAUUUUUUUUUUAAAUCUACCUAUGAUUACAAUGUAGGUAUAAUUCACAAAGUUAUAUUAAUCAACUUUAUAAAAUUAUACAUGCAUAGAUAUUAUGUAUAGCAAAAUUAUUUAAAGAAAACAUUAACUAUACAAUUUGCACUGAUAAUUGUAUUUCAAAAUCAAUUAAUUUGAUUUGAACAGGUGAGGAGAUUUUCUGAAGCUUUUUUUGUACUAGAAAAUCCUAGGCAAAGUGCAGCGGGCUGUUAUGAUGAUCAUAAUAAUUAUCAACACUAUAGAGCAGUUUCAGAAGCGGCCAGAAGAUCUAGAUACUUGGCUUCAUUACCACCUUUGCCAGUACAUUGCUCAGCAACUGAUGGCGACCCUGUCACUUUACCUGUUAUUUUUGAAGAUCAAUAUACAAAACCUGGAACCAGUACUAGGCGAUCAGAUAGUGGUAUUAAAUUAGUAGCACAGUACUUUUAAUAUCAGAAAUUUUAUGUUAUUUAUAUAUUAUUUUAUAUUAUAUAUUUUAUCUUAAAUUUUAGAUUCUUUUAUGAGCUCUUGUGGUAUUCCAAUAAAUACAAUUAGACAAACACUAUUGCUUAAUCAAGAUUGUAGUUGUGGAAUUGCAGCCAUAUUAGAAUCAAGAAGAUGCAGUCAAAUGGCAUCAACUGGAAAAUUACUGAAAGUUAAAGGUGAAUUAGUUUUCACAGAAAUACUUAGCAUUUAAUGAAUUUAUAUUUAAUAAUUAUUAAUUUUCGAUAAGCUCAAAUUUAAUUUAUAUUAUAAAAUAUUAAAGUUAAAUUCUUGUUGUAAACUUUCAAGGUUCUGAUGCUGAUCAAAAACUAGAAAAUCUACGUAUUAAAACUAGACACAGCAAAUCUUUAGACCAAUUAUUAAGAUCAACUGUAAUGGAUACACCCAUGUUAUCACUGCCACUUAGUUUUUCUAGAACAUUUGAAACGAACAAUAAUAAUAAUAACAAUCAAACUAAUCGAUCAAUAAUACCUAAAUCUUCAACACAAAAACAAAGAGAUCUCAUUCAAAAUACUAAAGUUAUGACUCUACCCCGCCGUUUGAAAGAUAAUAUUAAAUCAUCAGAAUUUCGAAUUCAGCCAAGUGGUUAUGCCUCUUUACCUUUACGGAAAAAUGAAAGGCGGUCUUAUAAAAUGAUACACACAAUAGAAAAACGUUUAGAAUCUAAAAUGAAGCCAAUAAUUUUAAAUGAAAAUAGAUCACCGACAUCUGGUGAAGAAUCCCCAAUUUCAAGAUUAGGAAAUAGUGUUAGUGUUCCAAUUCAGUUAGAGGCAUUAAAUACAUCACCAAUAAUGUCUAAAUAUUCAAAUAGUACAACUUCUAUACCAGAUGUGGUAAACGAUAAAAUAGUAACAGGUGUAGUAAAUAAUAGUGAAUCAAUGCCCGAUCUUGCAUCAACAGUAAUGCCAAGAUUUUCUUCAGUUUCUGAUAGUGAUAUUACUUCAGAACAAAGUGGAUGGGUUUCUAGUCGUCGAUCUUCAAUAUCAUCAUUUUCUGGACAAAUCACUCCAAAAGGUCAGUCAUCUACAUUUCUUCUAUUCAAUUUGUUUUUUUAAUGGCUGCUUUAUUUUUAGUCGAAGAUCCAUAUGCAACAAAACAUGAUUUGUAUAUUGGAAAAGAAUUACAAAGGAGGCUGUUAAAAUUAUUAGAGGAGUCACCAAACAGAAAAAUUACUGUAACAGAAAAACCCAUUAAUGCACCUAAAAACAAUAAACCAUCAAGGGCUAAUAAGUUACCAAUCAAUGAUCAGUUGUAUGAAGAAGUUCGCUUACCACCACCAAGACAAUUUAGAGAUAUUCCUCUUCCACCAGAACCAUUUAGAGAUGCAAUUCCUCCACCAGAUUCAGUGGAUAAUUUAUUGUAUCACAUGUAUGAAACAGUAAAAGAAGCUAGAUGGAAUGAUCAAUAUCGUUUAGCAAUGAGACAAAAGAAGUUUUCAGACAAUUCCAAAAAAAAACCUGUAUCCAGGUGUUAAAUUAUUCAUCAUACUAAUAUUCCUAAGGGGUCCAUUGCCGGUUUUCCACAUUUUCUUCAAUUUGUAAAAUUUGAAUAUUAUUUUUAACAUUUUAAAGACUAAAUAUGACUUUUCUAUUAAUCUAUUGCCCGAUAACCAUUUAGGGGGGUAGGGGUCUGUUUUAUGGACGAAAAUGACUGGAAAUAUGAAUAACUUAUUGCCAUUAAAUUUUCUUACCAUUUAAUUUUUAAAUUGAUUGACAUCAUUUUACAGACCACAUUGAAUUUGAUUUUUUAUUUGUAUUUAAAUAAUAAAAUGAAUAAGUUAAAAAUUAAUCUUUUUAAGUAUAUAUUAUAGUUUAUGAAAAAAUAUUGAAAAACAGAGUUCAAUCUAGUCUUUCUCUUUUAAAUAAAAAAAUAAUCAGCAAAUCACUUUAUGAGGUGUGAGAAUUUUUCUGUGGGGUAUGUUUUUAAGCCAAAAAACAACCUGGCACUGGGCUCUUUAAUUUAACUCAGAUCUUAUAAAAUGUACUAAAGAGGAUGUGAUAAUUGCAUGUGCUGUCUCUAUCUUACAAACAUACAAACUAGAAAAUUUGCAUUCAUUAGGGAUAAUUUUGUGCUGUUAGUUUUAAUAUUAGAGGGAAUUUACCUAUUAUCAAGCUUAAAGAUAAGAACAUAUUAAUUUUAUUUGAUAUUUCAAGUGAUGCGCAAGUUCAUAUGUGAAAUAUUAUAAUUUAAAAAUGCUUACAUUCAAGUUAAAAAUUUAAGUAUUGAAAACCAGAUAAUAUUUUAUAUUUUAAUUUUUUAAUAGGUUAAUGCACUCUAAUGUUAAAAUUAACAGCAUAAAAUUGGAUUUGUAGAAUGCAAAUUUGCUGGAUCUAGAGUACAAUUAUUCCUAUUCAAUUCAAUGCCAUAUGUAGAUAAUCCAUCAUUGUCAUAAUUUUAUGUAUGGACAGUCUCCGUCCUCAGUAAAUUUUUUCCAGCAUAUUUUUAUAUGAUUAUAUUUGAAUACAUUUUUUUCUAACAUUUUUCUUGUCACUUUUCAAUAACAAUUUUUCAUACUAAACUAAUACUAUUAUAUUUUUGAAAAUACAAUAUAAUAAAUUAGGUAGUUCAAAUUAUAAUUUAAAAAUAAGUUUUAGUCAUAAUAGUCAGAAUAAUUUAAAAAUUUGAAAAAAAUAAUAAUAAUUAAAAAUAUCAAUGUUUAAUAUUAAAACUUAACUACAUAAAUAAUUUAAAAUUUCAUCUUUUGAAAAGUUGAUACUAAAACUAGGACAAAUAAAUGACCAUUUUUUUUUUUCUGUGUCACUUACAGGUUUCAUAAAAUUAUUUCAAAACAUAUUUUUAUAAAAUCAUGCUGAAAAAAAAAUAACUGGGGAUGGAUUGUCCGUUCUCCAAAUUUGCUUUCUAAAGCUUAAAGGCUGGACAUGCACGAAUGACAUCCCCUUAAGGGGAUCAAAUACUGAUAUUUUCUUUCUGUGUCUAACACAUACUUAGAAUAUCAAUUUAGAUAAAUUUCCCUGCAAUCAAUUUGAUUGAAUUAGUUAAGCAACAAAGUUCUAAAAACAGAUUUGAAUUCAAUGUAAAGUACAUCUACAUACAUUUGAUCGGUAAUACUAAUUUUUUCAAUUUAAUUUUAGUUUUUGUUAUAUAUUUUCAAAUCAAAUGUACAGAAAUUAAGGACUUAAAUUCGAAAAAGGGUCUUGACUGAUCUCAUAUUUACUUCAUACUGAAAUUAAAUUUAUUUAAGAAUUCUUAUCUCUUCACUAAUUGAUCAAAUUGAUUGCCAGAAAAUUAGUCUUGAUUGGUAUGCUAAGUAUAUUUUAAACAAAUAAAUAUAAUAUUAGUAUUCAAUCCUUUUAAGGUUUUUUUAUUAUUAAUUUUUUUUUUCACCAGAACUAAGAAAAGUAACAUAGAAACAGAAUACUAUGAAGAUGAUUUAAACAAAGAUAUAAAAUCUGAUGAUCGAAUUCAUUCUUAUAAUAGUGUUGAAGAAAAUUCAAUGUUUCAAAAAUAUAAAGAAUUAUUUAAAAAACAAAUGAGUUUUACUGGUAUAAUUUAUAGGUAGAUAUAAUUUUAAAGUUUAUUAAUUUGUUUGUGCGUUAAAUAUUAAUAAAGUAUUGACUGUUAGUGAUGCACAAAUAUUAGCUUCAACAUUGCCAUACUUUCACAUCAGUGAAGAUUUACGUAUGUUUUCACCUGAAGGUGUUCAUCUUAUAGUUUGUGUUCAUGGACUUGAUGGUAAUUCAGCAGACCUACGCCUAGUUAAAACAUAUAUCAAGUUAGGUUUACCAGGUGCUCAUUUGGAAUUUCUCAUGUCUGAAAGAAAUCAAGUAUAUUAUUUUAAACAAAUUAAAUAUAACCAUCAAAAUUAAGAUGUAAUCAUAUUUUUAGGGUGAUACAUUUUCUGACUUUGAACGUAUGACUGAUCGUCUAGUGAAUGAGAUUCUUAGUCAUAUAUCAGCAUUCCAAUUACCACAUUAUCCAUCCAGAAUAAGCUUUGUUGGUCAUUCUCUUGGAACAAUCAUAAUAAGAGCAGCUAUGGCUCGACCUCAAAUGAAACAUUUACUACCAAAAAUGCAUACUUUUUUGUCACUUUCUGGGCCUCAUUUAGGCACUUUAUAUAAUACUAGUGGAUUAGUUAAUAUGGGUAAUUAACAUUUUUUCUUUCUUCGUGUUAUUAAAAUUAUGUAAUAAUACAUAAUUUUGAUGAUUAUAAUUUAUAAGCAUUUAAAAACCUUUUUAUUUCUGUAGUCAAAAUAUCCUCUUAGUAUAAUAACAUUAACGAACAUAUACAAAAUAUACUAAAUAUAAUAUAUUACACAAAUUCAUAAAUUGAUUAAAUAUUGAAUUUUUAUACAUUUUUAAUGUUUCAAUGAUAUAAUAACAUGCAAAUGUUAAUAAUUUUUACAGGGAAUGAUUAAGUAAAAAAACUUAAUCUAAAAUCACCAAUUUUUAUUGAUAGACAUCUGUAAAAAUAAUUUAGUGAAUUACAACCAACAUAUUUGUUUGUAUUUGUAUUUAACAUUAAUUUUAUUGUAUUGGUAUUCUAUUUAAUAUUCCUUUCUUUUCCUGAAAAUUGAUUUUAUGUAUUGUCUUUUCUGAAAUGUUAAUAAUUAUUAUCAAAUCUUUUCUGAAUUUAACUGGUAAUAGUGAAAUGGCUAUCAAUUAUUAUCGUUAUAAUUAUCAUACUAAGAAAAUUGCGGCUCUUGUAAUAUGUGCUUUUUUUUUUUUUGAAGUCUUAAUAUGCCUUAAUUAAACAAAAUUUUUAUUAAUAUUAAUUAAUAACUAUUAAAUAUAUUUGUAGUAAUAAAAAUAAUUAAAAUUUGAAUCAUUUAUUUUUAUAGGUUUAUGGUUUAUGCAAAAAGUAAAAAAGAGUGGUACUUUACUUCAGUUAUCUCUAAAAGACAGUUCAGAUAUUCGACAAACAUUCCUUUAUCAAUUAGCUCAAAAUUGUCAUUUAAGUUAUUUUAAACACAUACUACUAUUUGGCUCAUCUCAAGAUAGAUAUGUUCCACCACAUUCAGCAAGAAUUGAAGUGUGUAAAGCAGCUAUUAAAGAUACAUCGCCAAUUGGUGAACAUAAAAAUUGUUAUAGAUUUUUAUUAAAUCAUUUUUUUAUUAUUUAUGUAUGUAUAUAUAAUAUAAUUUUUAGGAUUAGCAUAUCGAGAAAUGGUAAACAACAUAUUAUGCCCAAUAAUCAACAAACCAGAUGUUACAUUUAUCCGUUAUGAUGUACACCACGCAUUACCUAACACAGCAAACUCGUUAAUAGGAAGAGCAGCUCAUAUAGCAGUUUUAGAUUCAGACUUAUUUAUAGAAAAAUUUUUGGUGGUAACUGGACUAAAAUAUUUUAGAUAGAUAAAUGUAUUUAAUUGUAUGGUGUUACUAACAGAUAUUUACAAACAUCACUAAUAGUUCUUUUCAAAGAUUAUAAUUAACAAAAAUAUUAAUUUCCUAUAAAAAUUCAGUCCAUAUUAAUACAAAUUGACUGAAAAUAAUAAUUUAACCCAAACAUUUACAUAAGUACAUUACAUAAUAUUAUAUAGUAAAAUCAAGAGAAACACAUAUUUUUUAAAAAAAAUUCAGAACUUUUCUGGUAAUAUUUUAAUCAUAAUUCAUAUUAUGCAAUUGUAAAUUAAUUUAAUUAAAAAUGAUGAUGACAUAAAUGAUUUUGUGAAGUGAUAUUGUAACUAUUACAUGAAUUUAUCAGGGUUUAUAUUAAAGGCCAUGUUCAUGGGUAGAUUAUUACCUAGACAUUAGUUUUAUAAUAGUAUUAGUAUUUAUAGCCAUGUUUAUGAGCACUAGAGAAAGGAUAUUGAACACAGACAACUGGAGCAAAAAAAUAUAAUCCAAAAAUAUCGCAAAUCACUAGUCAUUAGUGAUGUCAGUUUAACAUAUAAAACAUGGAGAAUAUAUUGGUUUUAGAUUCUAAAUUGAGUGAGAAAUGUAUUUGUUUUACAAUUUUUUUUUUUUCUGUAGACAAUUUUCCUACCAUCAAUUUUGACUCGAUUUUCAAGUGUAGCUAUUUUUCUGACUGAGGUGGUACUUUUGGGAGGUCAUUGAUUUUUCUAGAUGUUUUCGUAAUAACUGAGGAAAAUUGGGAAAAUGUACAAAAUGUAUUAUUUUAAAAUUGUAAUUAUUACAAUUUUUCAAAAUAUGUAUAUAACCAAACUCCACUCAGAAUCAUUUUUCUUUAGCAAAGAUUAAUCAUUGCCGACAUACAUUAAAUUCCCCUCUGUAUCCUACCUUUCCAACUUCUCACCUAUAACAGUGGUCCACACAUUGUGCGGAAUAUGCCCAUAUUUUUUUUGUGAAAACUAAUGGUGAAACUAAUGAAUAAUUACUAUAAAACUUUUUUUUCAAGACCAAAUUGUUCUCGAUCAAAUAUAUGUGUUUUCAAGAAUAUAUAACUUUAGAUUUAGAAAUUUAAUUGUUUGGGAGUAAUUCUAGUAGAGCUCCACUGUUUUGCCACACAUAAAAUACAUUGAAAUUGUACCAAAUUACCUAUUUGACCAAGCUAUCAAAAAACUCUAAUUUUAAUUCGCUAUAACUCAAAAACUAAUGAUUUGUGGAAAUUUAUUUUGGCACCAUCAUUUUUAAAACGGUUUCAAAAAAUCGCGUAGCACAUAAACUGCACUUACACCGAAGAUAGAAUAGGUAACUUAUAAUACAUAAGAAGUCGUAAUCGAGAAUUAAAUACGUGAUCAGUCGAUAUAAAUGUUGAAAAUCGUGGAAUCCUAAUGAUUAAAUAUUACACUUUGUUUUGUGACUGUGUUAGUUUGAGUCAUGAUAACACGCAUUCAUUGAUAUAAUAAUAGGUAUAUAUUAUUGAUAUUGAUUGACACUUAUAUAAAAUUCGAAAGUAUUUUUUUAAAAAAACAAUUUUAUCUCUUAGUCAAUAAGUCUUAUAUACUUAGAAAGACAUCUAUUUUCAAUAUUCGAUUGAGGCUAAUUUGGUCUCAGAAAAACGUUUUAUAGUAAUUAUUCAUUAGUUAAAUAGUUUCACCGUUAAGAUUAUAAUAAUAAAAAAAGAACCCAACCUCUUAUUCUAUGCUCCCUUUGUAGGAAAUUUGACUAGGGUAGUACUUUCAGGAAAUCAUUUUAUGAUUUUUUUACCUGUUUUCAUACUAAAUGUGAAAAGCGGAAAAUUGUACGAAAUGUAGUACUUAGUAAAUAUUGUGGCCUUUUUUUUUUUUAUUAAUUUUAGUAUACCUACCUGAAUUCUGCGCAAAUUUAAUAUAACAUACAGGGCUCAGAUAUUUAUGAAAUGUUGUAUUUAAUUUGUUUUCUAUCUAUUCAAUUUAAUGUUUACCUAGAUACUACUGUGAUUUAAGUAUCGGAUGUCAUAUACUGAACGAAAUGAUACCAUUUCCAUUUGCAUAUAAUUGCAUAUUUUACGAUUUGGUGGAAUCCAGAAGACCUGGAAAACCACUGCUAUUUAAAUGCAUUUUUUUUGAACUGAGAAUAUAUAAAUGAAUGUUUCAAAAUAAUAUUACUUUGAAUCAAUCGUUAUAAUAACGAUAAUACCGUUUUAUUUAUACCAGUAUAGGUACUGCGUACUUACCUAAAAGUUAUAACCUAUUAGGUGCGUUUACUUUAAUGAGGUCAUUUUUUUAAUUUUUCAACCAUUUUUUACAAUACUUAGAAAAAACUAGGGAAAAACAAACAAAUUUACAAAAAUAAUACUUUUAUUAUAUUCAAUUUUGUUUUCUUGUUAUUAAUUUCUAAAUGUUCGUUGAAACUUGAAAUUUGGACAGAAAACUUAUAUUUGUGUUUUCUAGAUGUGAUCAAAUAUUUUCAAAACAUUUGAAGCCUUUCAGAGCUAUUUAUAGAAAUUAUAAUUUUUCGAGCAUUUUACGUAAUUUAUUGGGUAGGUAUUACCAUUGAUUUUAGAAUAUACUAAAAGUAAGUUUACUUAAUAUAUUCUAAAAUCAAUUUUAUUACUCUAGCUGUGGACAAAUUUAUUAGAUUAAACAGAAAUGUUUGAAGAUUUAACUGGAGAUUCAUUAAAAGUUGUACCAAGUGGUCAAUUUAGAAAAAGUUGAGUGUAAUGUAGGUACCUACUUAUUUAUUUAUUUUUUUAAUAUAAAUUUUAGUAAAAAAUGAUGAAAAUUGUAAUUAUUACGGACUUUUAAAACAUGUAUUACGGAACUCCACUCAGUAUCGUUUUUUGUUAGCAAUGGUUAAUCGUUGUGUUCAGAUAUACAUUAAAUUCCCCUCUGUAUCCUACUUUCCCAAGUUUACCCAUAAUGCGAAGUAUGAACAUCUUUUUAAUUUUUCCCCUACAUUGUAAAAUAAAAAUGAUUUAAUGAAUACAAAUUUUACUUCAUGAUAACUGUAUGCGCCUUCCCAGCAAUGUGUUCAAGCCUUCUCAAGGGGGUCUUGCCCCCUAGGUUGGGAAACCUGUUAUAGAAUGAAAAUUUGAAAAUUCACUAUGCAUUGUUAACAUCUUUUAUAUGUAUAUUAGAAUGGAUGUUAUGUAUGAUAGUGCAGGACCCCUUCCUAUUUUUUUAAUCACCAUAUUAAAGUUCUUCACUGCAAAAAUGUUGAACAAGAAGUUGAACAAAUGUUGAAAAGAGGGUAGUUAUGUGGUUUUUCACAUUUAAUUGAACAAAUAUAUUUCUGGUUUUAAAAUUAUAUACAUAAAACUUUUUAGUAGUUCUUUUUAAUGGCCAUACAAUUUAUAAUUACAUAAUUUAUUUCGAGAAAAACAAUGAAAUUUCAAAAAAAAAAAUACAUUUAUUUAACAUCAUUCAUUUUUUUAUAGUUAACUAUUUAAUUAUAUUUAAAAUAAAUGUUAAUAAAAUAACGGUUGAGAUACAAACUUUUUUUUAAAUAAUCAAAACUAUUAUUUUAAAGUUCCAAUUAGAUUUAUGUAAUUUUAAAGUAAAUUAGAUCUUCUAGACUAUAUGGCGACAGCAAUGGGUAUUCAAAGUUCUUUUUUAAUGUAGCCAUAGGUAUUUGACUCAUAUAAUUUAUAUUUAUGGAAUGAUGUUAAAUUUAAUAUGUGUGUCAAAUGAACUUAUAAAACAGACUAAUAGCUUAUCAAAGUUUUGAAACUAUCGAGUGGUUCCUAGCAAUCACGUUUUCUAUUUUUGAAUUUUACCCCAGGAAUAAGAAAAAAAUAGUAGGAAAACUUAAAGAAUAUGAAGAAAUAAUUCAAAUUUGUAAGGAUAAGUUGAAAAAGAGAAUAUAUCAAAUUUAUAUUAAAAUCAGAAGAUGUUGAAGAAUAUUUUUACUGAAUAGUUAUAUACUUAAUAAAUCAACAAUCUCCAAAUUCAUUUAAAAGACUGGAGAUAAAUAAUUAAAUUUAUGGAAUUGGAUCCAUUCGAAUAGAAUAAUAGUUGAACAAUACCUUUUACAAAACAAAAGCACCGACUGACACAUGACAUAUAAUUAAUAAUAUUACAGAAGACGUAUAAAACUCAUGAUAUAAUAGUAAUAAUAACAAGUUCACCUAAAAUGAAAAGCAAAAAUAAUUUUUGUUACAGAUUAAUAAAAAUAAAAAACUGUUUUAUAGAUAAAAAUGUUUAUCUGUUGGUAUUUCUCAUUGUCUUUCAUUUCCUUAAGUUACAUAAAAUACUCAAAACAAUCAAUGAUCAUUUCAAUCCAUUAUAGUAAAAAGAAGUGAAGUAAAAUUAAUUUUUCCCCUAUAAGAUAAUAAUAUUAUCUAGAUAAUCUAGAUAUUCAAUAUAUCCAAAAUAUACACCAGAAUAUCAGCAUAAUUUUAAGUGUUACAUUAAAUCAGUUUAUCUAAUUAGGUUAAUAAUUUAUUAUUAUUUACUUUUUAUUUAGGUAAUUCAAAUUAUAUAAUUAAAAAAAUUAACUUUGCUAAAUAAGUUUUGUAUUUUAUUAUUUUUCUUGAAAAACAGGUUUUUAAAGUAAAUUAUGUAAGUAUAUUUUUUAAAGGCAUUAAAAAGCUACCAAAAUCUUUUAUCAUUUUAUGAUAAGUUUUUUUUAUAGUUAUCAAAUUAAAUGUGAAAAACAAGUAUAUUUUAUAAUUUUUCAACUAAUAUAGAGGGUGAGUUAUCAUGAUUAAAUAACUUCUACAUUGUAAUGCAAAAAUAAGCGGUCCUAUAUUAAAAAUAUUAUGGUUGUAUUUUUCUUAUAUAACUAAUGGCAAUCCUAAUAUUAAUAUACAUGUAUACACACAAAUAUAUCUAUGACCAUUUUAUUUUAAAAAGGGCUUUCCAAUGAUUUACUAAACAUAUAUGUAUCUAUCAAAUUAAAUAAAUUGUUUUUUAACAAAAAAUUAAAAAAAAAAAUUAUACUUGAUUAAAUUUAAAUUUAAAAGUAUUAAACACAUGAUCAAUAAUACUGUUUUAAUUAAUUUACAUUAUAAAAAAUGUAUAUGAAACCAUAUUAAAUCAACAAAACAUAAUAUUUCUAAUAAAUUACAAUAAAAUUAUUAAAUCUUGCAUAGGUAAUGCUCAAUACAAAUGAAAAUCAUUAUUUAAAUAAAUAACAUUUUACUAUAGUUAUAUUAUAAACACACAAGGGUCAAUUAAACUUUAAAAUAGUUAAGUAAGUGUUUUUUAUUUAUUUAAUUAUACAUUUUAAAUUGCAUGUACUAUUGUAUGUUUUAUUUUAUAUUAGACAUUAAGAAAUGUUAAGUUAUUUUAUAAAUCUGAAAUUAAAUUUAAACUUAAAUACCUAUAUUAUUAUGUAUAAUAUUUAGAUAGAUAUCUCUCUCUAUUUAUAUAUAUAUAUAUAAUAUAUUUAAAUAUAUAUAUAUAUAUAUAUAUAUGUGUGUAGUUAAAUAAAAUAAUAAUAAAAAAAUUUAUAUUUUUGACUAUAAUAAGUUACAACAAAAUAUCACAUUUUAUCACUUGUUUAAACUAGGUACCUACUUUGUGUUCUCUAAAAAUGAUCUAUACUUUAAGUUACAAUUAUUAUAAAACACAUAUAAACUGUUAAAAGGCUAUUUGACAUAAGCGACCAUUUUUUCAAAAUUCACUUUUUGUAAUUUUUGCAUAUGUGAUAUUAUAAGGCAUAAAUAGGUCAGACUCUGGUAUUGAUAUCUAAAGUAGAAUUUACUUUAUUGAUAUUUUAGUGGUUUUUAUAAACAUCAAAUAUUUGGUAAAAUAAUUAAAAUAAGUUAAAUCAUAUAUAAACUUGUUUUGGACUCUCUUCUGAAAAAUAUUCGUUGCUUACACCAAAUAGGCUUCUAACAGUUGACACAUAGUUGAUGAUUAAAAUUCAAACUAUAUUGACUUAAGUAUUGUACUAAUACAGUAAAACUUGCCUAUAUUGGAUUCUGGUCUAUUUUAACAAAAAAUCGUCAUUUUGCUUUGCUUAUUCAGAGUUUGUUAUUUUUCUUGGCUAUGGCACCAGUGGCUUGUUUAUUAAUACACUUUUAUUGGGACAACUUAUUAAUUUGUUCUUUAUGAUAAGUCCCAGAAACAAUGUAAAACAAUUCAAGAAGUUUUAAAAUAACCAAAUAAAAUGAAUACUUCUAUAUACAUUCAGCUGUUAGCAGACUUUAGCAUCAUAUAGAACAAAUUGACAAGGAGCCCCAAUAAUAUUUUCAUAGUUGAAUAUAAAAGAUCAUUAUAGAUAACUUUAAAAUAUCACAAAUGUGUUUAUUAUGAAUAUUUAAGUAGUAGAGUUAAUUCUAUAGGAAUAUGUUGUCAAAAUGAAUAUUACAUUAAAUUAAUGAGAAGGGCUCGGUUGUUUAUGCACUUUAAAUGAUAUAAAUAUGUAUGCAUUCAUGCACUAAAAUAUUACCAUAUAUAUAUAAGGAUAUAUCAAAAAAAAAAAAUUUUUUCGCGGAUGUAUGUUAAUAUUUAAUUUGAACAGGUAUGAUAGUAUCAUCGAAUCUCAUUUUGGGAAAAAUACAAUUUUCUAUUAGCGAUUUUAGAUAAAUAACGGAAUUUGUAUGUAUUUUAUUUUUUUUUUACGCUUUAAAUUAUAACAAAAUAAAAUUAGUAUAAAGUUAAAUGAUCAGAAUUAAAUAAGGAACAAAUAUGGUCCUAUUAGUUGAGGAGAAAAAAUCCAAAUUGAUAAAGUUAUUAGCAAUGCAACCCAAAUAAUUACAUAAUGUUGGUAAAUCAUCAGCUAGCAUUGAAAAAGUUUUUUUAUUUUUUGAAAAGAUUACAAUAUAAAGCCAGGUUUACACGACGCGAAUCUGAUGCGAGAGGCGAGAUUCGACCUGUAUGAACGUGUGUCCUGCCUCUUCGCGUGAUUCGCUAAUCAGCACGUGGCAGCCUCGCGGUGAGCGAAAGUUAGUCGGUUUUUAGACGCGCAUCAAAGGAGAUUUAGCAUAGGAGGGACUAGGGGAGCUUGGCCCCCUAAAAAAAGUCAUAGCUCCCCCCCAAGAAAUCAAUAAAUGAUUAAAAUACAAAUUCUGUCUGUUUGAUUUUUAUAUGGAUAGCCCCCCAGAAUUUUUACCCUAGUUGUGCUUAUGAAAUUAAGUUGUUUGUCUCCCAUCGUGUGAACGUGUUAUCGUCUCGCCUUACAUCAUGGAUGAGAAGCAUUUUGUUAAAUUUAUUGAAAAAAAUUUAAGCUUUAUGUAGUAUUUUUUUUUUUAUAAAAAAAUUUUAAUAUUACAUUUUGACGAAAAUCGUAAAUAUUACGGCCUUUCAAAACAAGUAUAACUGAACUUCGCUCCGAAUCGUUUUUUGUUAUCAAUGGUUUAUCGUUGGUUACAGGUAUAAAUUAAAUAACUAUGUAUUUCACCUUGUCCACUAUCCACCUACAACCAACAGUGGCCCCGCACCCGUCCCCAGUAUCAGCCCUUUUUUACUUAUCUAAAUGCCUCUUAAUGGUGGUGAUGAUGAUUUAAUAAAUAGUAAUCUUAAUUUAGAUAAUUAUUUAUAUAGGUAUGAAAUACGCCCCAAUAACUUCAGUGGACGUAGAAAGAUGAUUUUCUAUGUAUCAUAAAUAUUUUAAGUCCAAAACGUCAACGCUUUACUAAAGUAAAUGAUAGUGAUUUUUUUUAAUAUAACCUAGUUAAAUCAACUGGAAUUUAUUUAAUUUUUUAGUAAAUUGCUUUUUAUAUAAAUGAAAUAUUUUUUUUUAUUGAUUAUAUUUUUCAUUGCCUUAAAAUCCGAACCCUAUUGAUAAAUAAUAACUAAAAUAAUAUUAAAUUAUAUAUUAUAUAAUGUAUAUAUAUUCUGCCUCCCCUGUCAGUAAGGUUUACGUACGCCUAUGAUGCUAAUACGUGUCGAUAUCAUUGUAUUUAUUAAAUGUCAGUUGAAUAAUUAUCAUGCACGUUAUGAUUACAAAGAACUACUGAAUUUAUCAUUAUUAUUCUCGGGGGAAAAGACAAUAAAAAAAUACGCAUUCCAGGAGCCUCGCAUCGCGCUCGUUGGAUGGCAAAAAUUAUAUUUUGUUUAAAAAUAUACAUUUUUUGUGAUCAACUCCAGUUAGAAGUAGCUGAACUCAAUGACCUCCGCGAAUUUAAUGUUUUUAUUACCCGAGUCUACAUUCAAAAAUGGUAUACUUGUCAAAAUCGGAUUCUAGCACUAUUGAAUGAUUUUAAUCUGUUAAAAGAUCUCAUCGAAUAUCAAUCCAUCAAUCGUACAAUUUUUGAGAAGAGCUACAACAAAUUGUCGGGUUACUUAUGAUACUGUCAGGUUAAGAAAUGCUCUCGGGUUUAGCCAUAUUCGAUCCAUACGUAUCAUUUGAAGAAAAUAGACGCCACUUGUUCAUAAGGUAUUUACAGCGACCUUUGUCAGUUUGUAUCUGGUUUAACCUGUUCCAUAGUUUUUGGAGUUCAGACCCAAAUUUAGGUGUAUGUACAUCUCUUACUAGAUCCCCAUUUUUCGGGAAGUUAUUUUCCUAAUCUACUUUUCCACUUAUCUGGCUGGUGAAGUCUUAGUGAGCAGUGCCGAAGCAAGCGUCGGAGCGAGCGGGGCACGUGCCCCGGACCCCGCGAUUUUAGGGUCCCGUUAUUUAUAGUGCUCCCACCUAAAUGCAACCAAAAAUAAAUUAAGUUCAUAUUGAUCAUGAGGUUUAGUAUUACUCAACAUAUACUAACAACAUAGUACCCAAAAUAUCCAAGUAUCACGGUAAAUUUAAGUUGAUAUCUACCAAAUUAUUUUCGUUCGAUACGUUGAAAAUAUAAUGUUAAAACUAAAAUGCUCGACGUUUUUAUCAUCGUUAUCGUAUUUGAUGUAGCCAAUAAUAUGUUUAUGUAUAUAUCAAUACUAAUAGUUACCUACUUUUUACGAAAGAUAUAAAUAAAUUGAAAAAACGUAAAAUAUUCGAUAAACAGCAAUACGGCUAGAUUUCCUAUUCGGAUUUCGAGUGACAGCCGACGCAUAUUUGUUUCAUAUAACAUAUAACAUACUUAUUUUACAUUUUUACUUCUUCAUUUUGAUAAUAGCGGAGUGCGAACUAUUAUUAAGAAAAAUAUACUUCAAUAAAGCUUUUUGUAUCUAAGUAAGUAAUUUUAUUAAUUAAUUAAAUUUUACGGUGAUAAAUUAUUAUCAACUCAAUUGAUAAAUUUUAGAUAAAUCCAAUUGUAGGUGAAAUCAUUAUAUUGUUAUCAGUAAAUAUUUUAAUAUUUUAAAUAUAAUUUAUUAUGCGCACGCAGUGGCAUACCCAAACAUUUUUAACGAGACAAAGUUAAUGCAAAUUAGAUAACAUAAAAAAUUAGUUUCUAUUUAAAUAAUUGAAGUAAUAUAUGUUAUAUCAAAUAUUUACUUAAUACGCAGAGGGUAAAUCACCGAUGAAUAUUUUAUACACCUGAUUUCAAAAAACCGCGAUUUCCUAUUAGAUUAUCACAGAUUUCCGUUAGUGAUUUACUCUAAGUUAAUACGUUAUGUACCUUUAUAAAUUAAUUACAUUUAUACAGACUAUAGUUAAUAGUUAGUUAGUAUGAUACCUAACAUUUUAAAUAGCAACAAUAAUAAUAAUAAUUUCGUUAUUUUUAGUUAUUUAUCCUAUCUACUAUGGACAGUAACGAUAAAUUUCGUUAAUAUUCCCCCGGGCACCAAAAUAAAAAAAUAAAAAAGAAUGUACAAAAAAACAACGAGGGUCAAUGUCGCGAUUUUUUCAAUUACCAGUCUAGUGGUACUUUCUAAUAAUAAACAAGGCCAAUCUGAACCACAAUCCACCGUAGAAAAUGUUUUUUAAUGAAAAUUUAGAUAUUAUUUUAUCACUUUCAAAUGAAAAAAGUGAAGAGCCGAUAUCGCACAAUCUAAAUUUGACAACUAUUUUUGAUUAAAAUCACCUUUUGAAUUAAAUCUAUAAUUUAGAAUGGGGAUGUAAUGUAUAAGAUAGUAAUGAGAGCCCCUUAUUUUUUACUGGUCCCAGGCCCCAUAAAACCUUUAGUGUAUUUAUAAAAAUCAGUGUUUUUAGAAAUGGGGGUUGUGAUUUUUUAAUUCCAUAUUCAUGAAUUGACAAGGUAGUAUUUAAGAUUUUGAACGGAGUGAGUAAUAUAUUAGUUUUAUAAUUUGUAUUUAUUUUUUUUUUUAUCCGUAAUCAAUUUUUUUACCAAAAAUCUGGCUCCAACUUUCAAAUGUGGCACUUUUCCUGAAAGAAAUUUUUUUUUUGGUGGUAUUUUAGGAAAUUCAUUUUUUGAUUUUCCAAUGGGUUUUCAUAAUAAAUGGGAAAAAACAAGAAAAUGUACGAACUGUAUUAUUUUUAAAUUGUACGUCCUUUCAGAAUAUAUAUAACCGAACUCUGCUCAGAAUCAUUUUUCAUUGACAAUGUUUUUAUCAUGCAAACAGAUAUACAUUUAAUCCUUCUCUAUAUUCUACCUUCCCAAAUUCUCACUUAAAACAGUGGCUCAUCCAUUUUGUAAAGUCCAUCAUUUUAAAAAGUUUUUUUGUAAUCUUUAAUACUACAUUUUGUUGUCUACAUACAUGAGGAGGCUAGAUAUUGACCAAUAUAGACAGCCACUGCGUUUGUGUGGAUUUUAACAUGAUUUUACGACGCCUAUAACUAAUCGAUAUGAUUAAGACCUCAGUUGCGUACCCCAAGUUGUUCAGGCUAGUUAGGAUAUCAGAGAUGUUCUAGUCUUUAGUUUGAUAGUUUGGCUCCUAUUUUCUUCAGGUGCUGAUUACAUGUUAGCGUGUGAUCCAGUAUUACGCCCAAGUAGACUGGAAACGAGUAUUAUUUUAUUGGUUAAAUUGUGUAGGUGUAGACCAUGAUACAAUUCCAUGACAGUUGUCACGGGAGGGUACUGUGUACAGAUGAAUGUUAAUUUACAUUCAUCUGUCAUAACAACUGUUAUAAGCUAUUAUCACUUAUUGUUAUUACUUGGUUGAAAUAUUUACACUUUAUAUUUCAAUUAUAUUAAUUAAAAUACUACACAUAAUAAAUAUUUUAGACAUGUUUAAUAGCUUCCCUAAUUAGUAAUUUGCAAAUUAUUUACAAAAAAAAAAACAAGAAAAUAGGUACCUAAGGAAAUGAAUACUAAGACAUUAAUUAAUAAUUUCCAAUACCUUCACACUGUCAUAUCCACAACUAUAUUACUACCACUGAAUAAAUGCAUACAUUUUUAUGUAAAUUAUAUAAAAUAUAGGCAUAGGGCAUAAUUAUACCUAGAGGACUAUCAUGAAUACAUUAUUAAUAUUAUUUCAAAUUUUAAAAUCUAAAAACAUUUUAAUACAAUAUGAAAAAGAGUAAACCCUAUUAUAUUAGGUAUUUAUAAAGUAAAAAAAAAAAAACGAUCAAAAUAUAGCUACUGAUAUAUUAUGAAUUUUUAUUUACAAGAUCUAAGAAUAUGCAUUUAUAACCACAAAACUAUAAUAUAUACAAUAUAAAAGAAAAAAAUAUACAGACAUACUUCGCAUGAUGGGUGGGCCAUUGUUUGGUCUACAACUUGUAGGUAAGAAGUUGGAAAGGUAAAGGGGAAAUUGAAUGUAUGUCUGUACAUAAUGAUUAACUAUUGCAAAUGAAAAACGAUUCUGAGCGGAGUUUGGUUAAUAAUGUUGCUUUGUAAUAUUUACGAUUACAUUAAAAUUUGAAAUUUAAAAAAUUCUUACAAAAAAAAAUACUACUUAAUUUUUUUAUUUGAUGACUAUUUGAAGUACAACUCAUAAUGAACCUCCAGUUAAAUUUUUAAGCAUUUCCUUUUAGUCUAAUAAUUUUAUCCACAGAGUACCUAAAAAACAAAAAUUAUGUAAAAAAAACUAUAUAAUAUUUAAAUGCCCAAGUAUAAAUAUCUUAAAAAUGGCUACAUAUUUUGAAAAUUCUACCACGUCUAGAAAAGUCAAAUAUAAGUUUUCUAUUCAAACUUAAAACAAAAAAAAUUACCUUCAUAAAGUAUUAUCUCAGUCAACUUCCUUUCAGAAAAAGUGCUAUACUUGAAAAUUAGAGCAAAAUAUAUAGUAAACAUGUUUACAGGAAAAAAAAAAAAAGGCCGUAAUAUUUUAUAAUAUAUAUUGUACAUUGUCCCGUUUUUCCCUAUUUAGUAGGAGAGAAUUCCAGGGAAAAAUCAAAAAAUAGCCUUCCUGAAGUACCACCCAAGUCAAGUUUACUUUCAGAAAAAAUGCUGUACUUUAAAAUUGGAGCAAAUUGCUGGUAAAAAAGUUGUCAUUCGCUCCGCUCAUAAUCUAAAACAGUACAAUUUCAUUCAACUAAUUAUUUAGAACAAAUUGGUAUCUAGGUAUCUAAACAUUAAACUGACUUUAUGGUAAAAAAGAAGUAAUUUCAUAAACAACUGAGCCUUAAUGAGAAACGACAUAACUAAGGAACGGAUUUUAUUUUAAAUACAUAUUUUUUUAAUCUGAUAAAAAAUGUGUAUGAUUUAUACCAUUCUAAUUAAAAUAAGUCCAAAUUAAUGUUACAUAUCAAGUAUAAAUACAUAUUAUGUAAAUAUUCUAGUAAUUUUUGAUUUUGUUAUUAUCUACUUUGUAUAAAAGUAUAAAACAACAUGAUUAGUACUUUUUGACAACGACAAAAAUGUUCUUCUUAUCUAAAUGGCAUUUAAAUACUUAGCCACUAUGGAUUAGAACUGAUUCAUGGAUGACUGGAUAUGAAAUGCAAUUACAUUAGUAUGUACUUUAUACACUGUCGUGUAUAUUAGAUAUUGGUAAUACUACACAAUAUAUACAUAUAAAACAAGAAAGUGGUACUUGACAAUCCUUUUUUAGAAUUUUCGUAGUUGAAUUUAGUCUCGUGUGCGAGUAUAGUGUCCAAUUUUUAAAAUGCCGAAAAUUGUAAAACUAAAAGCAAAUUAUUAUUUAAAAGAGUUUCCUAACGACCAAUUUAAAAAUGAUGGACCAAUUGCAUUCUGUAAAAAGGCAGUAUCAAUAAAUUGGCGGUUUUCAGUUACUCAACAUAUAUCUACAUCGAAGCACCUACAAUUAAGCAACCUUUAACAAUAUGUUGUUCUCAUUGCAAUGUUCCAGAAGAAUAAUCCUAGUUUUAUAUAACUACAUUAUUUGUAUUAUUUUUAUUUAAUAUUUAAAAUGAUAAAAUAUUUAUUUUUUUUUGUAUUUUAAUUAUUAAUACAUUUUUUUUUCGAUAUUUACAUAUUUUAAGAAAAAUUGGUACAUAUAUUGAGUUUUUAAUUAGAAUAAAAUCCAUUCCCUAAACAUAAUAUAUUUCAGAAAACAAACUCAAUGAGUAAGUUUGAAAUUUGAAUUUUGGUAAUUGAAGUUGUUUUUUUGAGGCUAGUAUUGAUUAAUAAUACUUCUUUUUAUUUAGAAUUUAAGAUUAUACAAUUGAUAAGUUUAUUAAUUAAUUAUAACUUAAACAACUAUUAUGCAAUAAAUAAGUUAAAAAACCAUUUACAUAAAACUAUUAUAGCAAAUUAACUAUUAAAUUUCUGUUAGAAAAUAGUUAUUAAGUAUACAAUUACCAGAGUUAUUACUUACUAGAGAUUCUCUUAAACUUAGUAUUAUCCUAUUUUAUUGGAAAUAAAUUAUUCAAACAAUAUUCUAAUAAGUUAUUAAUUUAAAAUUAAAAAAUUAUAAAAUAUAAUUAAUUAUUUAUUUUUAAAUAUUUAAUAUUGGCAUAAUAUUACAGUUGGAUGAUAUUGAUAAAUAAUUAUCUUUGAAAUCAAUGGACUGUUUCAUGACUGAAUUUGUAACAAAAUCAGAUGAAUAAAUAACUGAAAAAAUAUAAAUUAAAAUGUAUUAUAUUUUUAUAACAUAUUUACUAUGAAGUUUAAAAUAAUACCAUGAUUAAUUUCAAGUAUAUCCGGGAUUGAACAAGCAUCUUCUAAACAUGAGAUUAUAAAAUAAUGGUUUGGUGGCAGACUAUUGAUUGCAUUCUCAGACCUUAAUAUUGUUUCAAUUGUACCACCAGCAGAAAUAAUAAUUUCCUUAAUAUAAGUGGAUGGUGGAGAUUGAAUUCCAGGAGUUACAAAAAAUGUUAAAUUUUUAAAUAAUUGGGAACGACGUGAAUUUGCAAGAACAUUAGGUACAUUACAAACCAUAGUAUUUCCAUCAAAUAUUUCUUGAAAACAAUAGUCCACCUCGUCUGGAAAAUAUAAUCUGAUUAUUAAUAUUAUUGGUUACACAAUAUCAUUGUGUUACAAAAUUAAAAAUAAUCACUCAGUUUUUAAUUUAAACAAAUGAUUUUCUACAAAUUUGAUGAAUUAACAUGUUCAAAGCCAGUGACAAUUACACUUUCUUAUUACAAUCAAGCUUGCUCAAAUGGUUUAAUGUUUUAUGUGUUUCUGAAAUGUUUUAGAACCGUGUUUCUCAAUUUUUUUACUGUAGCAACCCCUUAAAUUAAUAUUUAUUUUUUUAGAGACUAUUAUAUAUAUACAUGGCAAUAUUGGCGACCCCCAGGUUGAAAAACAUUGUUCUAAAAUAUUUAGUUGAAGAUGUAUGACCAUCCAGUAUAGAUAUGUUAAUAGAUGAAUGUAGUUGAUUUUGGAUUUCCACCAUUUUUAUGAUAACAACAAGGUUUUAUCUACGGUGCGGUCGUCACAUAGUGUUCUUAUUAAUAAUGACACAGCUCAAUAAAAAAAUAUUGCCAGCAUUAAACGUGCUAAAUAAAUUUCCCUUUAUAUUAUUAUUAAAUGUAAUAAAAUUACUGACUUAAAAAACCAAUAAUAAGUCAUCCUUAAUGUGUAAAAUAAUAAUUAUAAUACUAUAAUAUAAAUAUAACAACUAAACAAUAAACUGUUUAAGAAUUAAAUUAAAAUAUAAGCUAAUAUAAGUGAAGGUAGUCAUAUUUUGUUUAAAAAUAUUUGCUUCUAUAAAAAUUUCAACAUUUUACGAUGAUUUUACCAGAAUUAUAAUAUAAUAAGAAACCAAAAUAAAAAAUAAUGUUAGUUAAUUAUUGUUAAGAAAAAAAUCAAAAAUAACCUUAAUGGAUAACUCAACUAGUUAAAAUUUGGUAUCAAAAAACACUCCUGAAGUUUAAGAUUAAAACUAAGAGUAGAAAAAUUGUUUCGAAAAAAAAACAAACUGCAAAACUAAUAACUUUGCAUCUAAAAUAUUAGCUUUGAUUUUAUUUUACCUUAAUCUUAAGUCUUAUUGAUUUUUUAAUCUAUACUGAUUAAUUAUAACAUUACCUUUAAACUCUGAAAUUAGUUGUGAAUCUCUUAACCAUUGUGCAUUUACGAUCUGAUUUAUAGUUGAAAGACAACACAAAAACGGUAUUGUUUUUAAAGGUUCUUUCAUUACCAAAUGUGUUCCGUCAUUGUACUGAGUGGCCAUUUUGCCACCAAGUUGUAGUACAAUCUAAAAUACUUCACAAUCUUAAAACUAUUCAAUGGAACAUAUUUAAUUAAAUUAUACCAAUUUCAGUUCUUCUUGCUCUGUCAUAGUAAACCCACAAAAUAUUACACAUGGGUUUUUUGGUUGGUCUUUAUUCUUAAAAUAAGUAAUGAUUAUAGCUUCGUCAUCAUUAUCAUCUUCAUCAUCUAAAUUUAUUACCUCUGGAUAAUCAUUUGUUUUCUUUCUUUUACAAUUGGUUGGACUUUUAGUCAAAUCAUACACUUCUUCGUUUUUAAGAAAAAUAACUGGUGUUUUCCAAGCCUCUAAAAAAAAAAAAAAUAUUAGUUAAAUAUUUGAGUCUUUUUAUUUGGAUUAUUAUAUUUACUUAUACAAUAAUUAGUUAGCCUUUUUAAAAACAUUAUAUCUUUGACAUACCCAUUAAAUGUGAUACCAUAUCAUAAUUCACUGCAAAUGGAUCAAAUAAAUCAAAGUGUUGAUAUUUAUUAUUCUUAGGAUUUUUUAAACCAAUUUGAGCACCACAAAGUAUAUCAUUUAACCAUUGAACAUUGACCACUGGUACGUUUAAAGCUAGAGCAGUUUCAACUAAUGUACCCUCAAACCUAUAAAAAUAAAAUAAUUUGUUUUGAAAAAGUUAAUCAACAAUUUUUGUAUUUGUUAAAAAUAUUUUUGUUUUUUUUUUUUUUAUCAAAAAGGAACUUUUUUGCCAUAAUCUUACUCUGAUUUUUAAAUGUAUCCUUUCUGAAAUUAAUUUUGUUUUGGUUAAAUUUAUUUAUUUUCUAUUGUGAUUUGGUAAAAAUAAUUGUAGUUUCAAAUUACUACAGUAGAUACUCGGUAACUUGAACCUUGAUAACUAGAAAUUCUUGAUAUCUCAAAUAAUAAUAACAUUUAAUACUAAAAUAAUCUAGUCAACUCAAAAAUUAAUUGGAUAAAUAAGAUUUAGACAUCUCAAAGUUUCUUAUCAAAAUUUAGUACUAAAAAUAUGUAGUUUAUCGUUGCGAUUAUUUUUCACUUAUGACUUUUUCUUAAAACCCAACCAUUACAGGAAACUAUCAGUAACUUGAACCUUGAUAAAUCCAUACAAUAGAUUUCAGUUUUAGUUAUUUGCCGUCUGUUCGUUUAAUAGUGCAGUGUGACAGUUAUUACAGCUCAAAAAAGAACUUUCAAAGAAAUUUAAAAAUAUGUUUAAUCGUAAUUAGGUGAGAAUCGUUUUUCAUUAGCAUAUGUAUUAUUGAAAUAAAUAUAAAUUAAAUAAUUAUACACAUUUUAUGCAUAUAAAACCUUUCAAGCCAAAUUUCUCACCUAUUACAGUGGUACACGUGUUUUAGAUAUUAGGUUUCUUUUUAAAUAUAUAUUUCUGAUUCCAUUUUUAAUAACACUUGGUAACCUAACAAAUUGUGAUGUUUGAAUAAGAGAUACAUUGAAAUAAAUUUUUUUUAUAUAUUUUCAUUAAAAUACAAGGAAUACACAUUUUAUGAAAAGUUCACAUAUUUAAUUCAUACUCUGGUUAAUAAUAAAACAAAUUAUUAAUUUAAAAUAUUUACUUUAGAGUAACAACAAUAUCAACGCUUGAAGUUACUUCAUUGACAACGUUAGCACCAGUAAGUUCAACUAUUAAUUUAACUUUAUGAUAUUCAUUUGAAUCAAAAUUGGCAAUUACUAUUUGAUAUUGCCGGCAAGGUAAAUCUUCUUCACUAAAAUAAAGUUAAAUAAUUAUUCAACGAUUUAUUUGUUUUUAACUUUAAGUUACACAAUUAUUGUUACAUAAAAAAUAACUAUCUAAUUAUUUUAUAUUUUUUUUAAAUAUAUAAAAAUAUAUGAAUGACCUUAGUUCUAAAUUUUUAUAUUCCAAUUACAUCAAAUCUAGAUUUUUGUAUUUUAAAUACAAAAAAAAACAAAAUUAUUCUACCUGUAUGGUGUUGGAAAAUGGUGAGCUAACCAAGGAGGUAACAUUUUUUUUUGAGAGAUAAUAUCAGUAAGCCAGAAAUCAGUUAUACAUCUUUUGCCAUCUUGCACGCCCUAAAACAAUUUACAAUAAAUAAAUAAAAAUAUAACUAAUCAAGUUAUAAUUAUUAUACAGUGUUCCACUCAAAUUGUAACAGAUAUUUUCCCUAAAUCUAUCCAAAUGAAAACGUAUGUUCUGAAAAAAGGACUUUUAAAAUAGAGAUAUUUGACUUCUGAUUUAUGGCAAAAAAACUAAUUGAAUAUUAGUUUUGAAUUAUAUGUAAAAUAAAGAAAAUCAUAUUUGUUUAAUCUAUAGAAGUUUUUUUCUCUAAAUUUUUAAGGUUAAAAAAAAAAAAAGUAUUGUUUAUUGUAAGAGUUAUAAUUUUGAAAAUAGCUAAAAAUAAGUAUUUUGAUAACUUGUAUGUUUUUUGAUAGAAGCUAUGGAAAUAUUUUUUGUUAUUAUUUCAAUGAAACAUACUGUAUAUAAAAUAUAAAAUAUUUAUUUUACUUGUUCAACAUUAAAGUUUUUUUGGGUUCCACAAACUAUAUGUGUUAUACGGGAUGAAUAUACUUGCUCAACUGAUCCGCCAUGUUCAAUAAUAUUAAGCUUGGACAUAGAUGUAUCAUUACAUAUAUCUUCACAUUGAUUAAAGUCUUCCACAAUUAGAAAUACACAGCCAAGUAAAAAUUUUUUAGAAGAUACUAUAAAUAAAACAAAUUAUAUUUAAUAUUUGUACAGUCAGUAUAGAUGUUUUUUUCUAUAAUCCAUCACUCUCUUAGUCAAAUGAUAACAAUGAAAGUAAUAUUAUUGGUGAUUUCAAGAAUACAAAAUUAAUGAUAUUUAAAAAAAAUUUGAUAUUUAUGAAAUAAAUUUUUUUUUUCCAAGACAAUAAAUUACAAUUAAACAAUUUGUAAAUUAUAGAAACAAACUAAAUAAAUAAAUAUUUAUAACACACAGAUAAAUAAACAUUUAAUUUUGAACAUUAUUUUCAUUAUAUCUACAUGAUCAAUAAAAGGCAAUGAUUAAAUUGAUUCAGAAACUGAUCCACCAAUUUUUUUGAUAUCACAAUUUGUUAUUAAUAGUUUCAUGAGAUUUAAGAGUGUUUUGAAUUGUAAAUUCAACCCCCAAAAAGACUCACACAGGAAAUUUGUUCUUAAAAUACAAAAAUGUCAGUUUUUUAUAUUUAUUAUAAUUGCUUUCAUAGGGAGAACUGAUUUCCCCUCCUUCAAUAUUGUGUAAGGGCUAAGCUGGGUAAUAAAGCUAAUAUAUAGUUAUGGUAAAUGUCUGAAAUUCAGACAUCUUCAAAUUGUUUUUCGUUAAAACUUACAUAUACAAAAUAGUUUAACCUAACACCAAAUGGUUAUUGUAGUUUAAACUGUUUCAAUCAAAAUUUGACAAAUCUUAAUUUUAAUAUAAAUAUGAGAUAUCAAGGAAGUUUAUAUAAUUUCUGUGAUAAUAAAUUAACUAUGUUAUGUAAAUUAAUAACUACUAAAAUUUCAAAAUUUUUGUCCUAUUAAUCUAAACCAAUUUUAUCCAAAGAUUAAUUAAUUUAUACAUUACAAUUCAAUUGAGGAUCGUGUCCAUAAAACGAUUCAUUUUUAAUUUGAAUCUCAUGAGAAGGAAUUGGUUCUUUUUUGAUAAUUUCCUGAAAAAAAAUUAAUUAUUUAUUUCUUCAUAAGUAUAUCUAUGCAAAAGUGAAAUAGUUAAGAACCCAACCUCAGGUAAUCUUAGUUUUUACUAAAGCAGUGGUUCCCAAACAAAGACACAAGAUUAAUCAUUGCUAAAGAAAAAUGAUUCUGAGCGAAGUUUGGUUAUACAUGUUUUAAAAGACGUAAUAUUUAAGUUUUUAAAAUAAUAUAUUUCGUAAAUUUACCAGUUUAUUAUUAAAACCUCUGAGACUUUGAGAGAAGAUGCUACUUUUGAAAAUUGUAGCAAAAUUUCUGAUAGAAAAGUUAUUUACAGAAAAAAAAAACAAACAUCAUUGUUAAAACAAUAUCUCACUUCGCUUAGAAUCUAAAAUGAAUAUAACAGUUUAAAUGUUGCUUCUGUACAUAAAUACAUUAAUACACUCAAACAAAUUGAUGUUUAACAUAAUUUAUUUUUAUGAGCUUGAAUACAAAUUUGAGAAUCACUGGACUAUGAACCAAAUUAUUUUAUUUACACUUAGUUAGUAAAAACUAGUUAAACAUUUAAUUUUUAUUGAAACAUUGUUAGGUAUCUAGAAAGAUUUAAAAAAAAAUAUUAUUGGGCAAAAAGCGUAUAAAUUGAAUUGUAUGGAAUAUUUUUAACAAUACCAAAAAAGUGUUUUCUAAUAAAAAAAUUCUAAAUAAAAUUAAUAGUUUUCUAAAAUGUCAAGUCAUUGAAAUCAAAAAUUAUCUUUAUCUAUACAUCUAUUGUAGGUACCUACUCACAUUGUGAUGUACUGAUGUAAAGGAUUAAAUUAAACUAAUAUUUACUUAAAAGCCACAAAUAAAACAAUUUGGAUUAUAAUUUUCAGUAAAAACUAAUUGCAACUAGUAAAUUCUUAUUUCAAAUGAUCAAAAUACAUACAUUAUAGGCAAUGUCAGUCUCCAAAUGUAUACAGGAUAUAACAGAAUUAUUUAACAAAUAUAAUAACUAAAGCUUUGCGCAUUAAUUUUUAUAUUUUAUUUUAUUACUUUACAACUAAAAUUAAAUAAUUUAGAUCUUUUAUUAAUAUUUUUCCUUUCAUCCAAGACAGAUAUUCUAUUAAAAAAUUUGAUACUUAAAUCCAUCAAUUAAGAUAUAUAAUUAAUUUUUAAACAAUUUGUAAAGUUUGUUAAAAUUAAAUUUAUUUCUUCCCAAUUUUACAAAAAAUAAAUUAUAUUUGAAUAACGAUAAAUGAUAAGUGUUAAUCAAACUCACAGCUUAAAUUAAUAUAAGAAAAAUAUAUUAAAUGUACUAUUGUACAUAUUUCAUAGAAAAAUCAAAUUGACUAUUUAAAAAUUAAUGCACAAAAAAUAUCAAUUUCACAAAAUUUUAAAAAUUGUUUAAAAAUAAUUAACUCAACCUUAGUACAAACUUAAUAAAAGUUGUUCACCCCAGCAUUUUUCUAAAAAUUGGAUUCAAGAAAUUGUUAACUUGAUUUAUUUUUUUAAAUUUUAAAUUUUUUAUUUUCUAAAAAUUAAAACUUAACUAAAAGAUAUUUAAAUUAACCCCAAAAUUAUUACAUUUGUUAAAUAGUUAUGUUAACUAUACAGGGCAAUUUUUUUCAUCAUAAACCAGUAAUUAUCUCAUAGGAUUUUAAGGGAAUUUGAUAUAUGUUUUUUCUAGUCAUUAUGGAAUCAUUUAAGCUUUAUUUUAAAACCGUUUUAAUUUUUACCCCUACUCCAUAUACCUUAAAUAAGUGCAUACUUUUGAUUUUCAAAUAGGAAACCCUCCCUUUUUAAACACAGAUUUGAAUAGACAAAAUUUCUAGAAAAACAUUCUCUUUUCAAAUCUGUGUCCAAAAGUAGGGGUUCUGAUUUGAAAAUCAAAAGUAUGCACUUAUUUAAGGUAUAUGGAGUAGGGGUAAAAAUUUAAAUGGUUUCAAAAUAAAGCUUAAAUGAUUCCAAAAUGAUUAGAAAAAACAGAAAUCAAAUUCACUUAAAAUCUUCAGAGAUAAUUGCUGGUCCAUGAUAAAAAAAUCAUCCUAUAUAUUAUUUUUAUUUAAAUACACAGCGUGUACCAUUACUAAUAUAGUACGAAAACAAUAAGUAAUAUAUGACAAAAGAAUUUUUGUAACAUGCAUUCGUGUAUUAAGUUUGUUGUCAUUUUAAGUGUUUAAUGUAUAAUUAAAUUAAUGGUGGCUUAUGAUAAUUUCAAACCAAACAAUAUAGUCAAAAAUAUCAUAUUAUGACCAGGAAAUAUAAUACCUUUGAUGUACUUGGUACAGCACAAUUAUUUCCAUUUUCUAAAUUGUGACAUUUGCUUUGAAAAUAAGCUUUUUCUGUUUUUAAAUCAGCUAUUUCAAAUUUCAAUUUGCUAAUCGGUAAAACAUCAUAAAUUAGUAUAUACUAUAGAGUAAUUUAUUUAAAUUGAAACAGGAAUUACUUACUCGAUAAUAACAGAGUUAACACAUUGUAAUUCAUAAAGACUUUUUUCAAGUGAUUUAUUCUUAACCUUUUCUAAUGAAAAUUGAGUUUCAAUAUUUUUUUUAAUAUCAUCUAAUAAUUUAUAAUUUCUAAAAAUAAUGAAAUUUUAUUAAAUAAUAUAAAAAUUCCAAAAAGAAUGUAACAAAAUAAAUAAAAAUUAUUACACUAUUUAAAACACUUUUAAAAUUACUUACAUAUUAAUUGUUGCCAAUUGAUUAGUAAGCACUCUAAGUUUUGAUUUUAGCAGUUCACAUUCAAGUUUUGCAAUUUGGACAGAUUGGUUAUAUGUUCUAUUCACCGCUUGUACAUUUUCUAAUUGAGUUUCAAGACUUGUUAUAGUACUAACAAAAUACUUUUCUCUUCCACCUAAGGUUUUUAACUGUUCACUAAAGUUAUAACAAUUUUUUAUUUAUCAAAAUUAGUAUUUAAAUUAAAUUAUAUGUAAUAUAAGAUAUGUAUUGCAAACAUAUUUGAAUUCACUGUUUACUUUAAUGAAUUUAGUUCUUCUUCAGUUUUCCUAUUCCAUAUUACCCGAGCAUUAGGAUCAACUUGUAAGAACAAUUUUAAUAAAUUAUUUUUGGUUACUGCUGAACGACAAUGUGGGCAAGUAUGUGCCCUAAAUUGUUAAAAAAAAUAUAUAUAUAUAUAUAUAUAUACUAUAUAGUAUAUCUAACGCAAAUAAUUUAAAUUUUAUACCUAUCUAGCCAUUCUGUCAGACAACGGUGAUGAAAUACAUGACCACAACGUGUUGUAUAAAUAGAAUCUUGAUCGACUCCAACAAAUGUUUCAUCGCAUAUUGAACAAGUAAACAUUUCUUCUAAAACUGAAGUAAAUACAUCUAAUUGAUUAAUUUAUAGUUUUAAAUAAUAAUAAACACUGCAUUGUAUUUACAAAUAUA